AUGCGACACGACUUCGCCCUGUUGGUGGGCCUCGGUGUUGGAAUCCCUAUGUUCCUCAUCGCCGCCCUUGUAUUGGGUCUUCUCACGUACCGGAUGUGCAGAAAUAAAAGAAAAAUGGCGGAGGAUGAUGAUACAAUUAGCUCAUACACCUCAUACAAACCCGUUAUGGGACCAUUCCUACCGACCAUCAUUCCGAUCAGGUACAAUCCGAUGAGUCGUCGGGGCCCAAUAUAUGGUAGUGAACAUGGGUGGGACAGUAUGUCCGAAAUAGGAAGAAAUAACGCUCCGUCUGAUGUAGAAGUUUCAAUAGGAUUCGAGGAUCGGUUAUAUCGUUCGGUACGGUCUUCAAACUUUUCAUGGGACAAUAUGUAUCCUCCAAUAAAUGAACGACUUUGAUCACAGACGUGGAUUUCAUCCAGAUGUGAAAUUCCUCAAUACAUUCCCAGUCGGUGGAAAAACUAGCCACAUGGGGGUGCAUAUCGCCAUCUUGAUUGACAGCGCAAUCACACCAAACAAUAUCGUUUUCGGGUUCCUAUUCAGUGUAUAUUUAGUGUGAAUAGUUUCGAUAUGUUGUGAAGCGUUUUCAAGGUGUUUCGAAAAACUAUAAAUGUACAGAUACAAUUAAAGUUACUUAGAAUGUAUUAGUUUACACUGAAAGUUUUCUUUUCUAUUACGUUUCGGUGUGUUUGAAUUUUGUCACUGUGUUGGGAAUCGUUUUGUCGCUUUGGAUACAAAACUGCCCACGUACAGUUAUACGUAAUUACGAACAUAUAUUUACCACUGGUACACGUUCU